AUGGAGUCACAACAAAGUUUCGAUGACACUGCUAUCUAUUGUCCUCAAGUGAAGGUUGAUCUGAUUCCUGUAAAGAACCAAGAAUUUCAUACACUAGAAGACGUUGAGACAUUUUACAAAAGCUAUGCAAAAGAAUCAGGGUUUGAUGUCAAAAGUUUUACUAGCGAGAAGAAGAAUGGUGUGAUUGUAAGAAAGGCGUAUGUGUGCUCUAAACAAGGAACAUCAAAGGUAACAGGAAAGAAAAGAAAUAGGAAUCAAACAAGAGUAAAUUGCAAGGCAAGAAUAGUAGUUGUAAGACGUGCUACGAUCGGCAAAUAUGUUGUCACUAUUUUUGAUGAGGGUCGCAGCCAUCCUUUAACUACCCCACGAAGAAAACAUCUGACAAAGAUCCAUCGUGAGGUUUCAUCGAUUCAUAAAUCAUUAACGAAACAACUGACUGCAGUCAAUGUGCCAACAUGUACACAAUUUGACUUUCUUGGAGUGCAUUCAGGAGGAGUAGAAAACAUUGGGUGCUUGCAACAAGAUAUUUAUAACUACAAAAUGGAUUGUCGCAAAGAGGUGAAGGGGCAUGAUGGAGAUAUGUUGCAUGAGUACUUCCUGUUGGAGAAAGAAAAAGAUCCUUCAUUAAUUUUCAAAAUAGAGGCUGAUAACGAGAACAGGAUCACACAUAUCUUUUGGGCUGAUGCAAUUUCUAGACGAUCUUACAAGUUUUAUGGUGAUGUUGUAAUAUUUGACACAACUUACAAUACCAAUAUGUAUUCGUUGAUCUUUGCACCUUUGGUGGGAGUAAAUAAUCAUGGGCAGACAAUAAUUUUGGCUUGUGCAUUCUUAAGCAAUGAGACAACUGAUUCUUUUGUUUGGUUCUUUAAAGAAUUUUUAGAUGCAAUGCCAGGUGAUGCUCCGAGGAUGAUUAUUACUGAUCAAGAUCCAGCAAUGACGAAAGCUAUCUCUGAAGUACUCCCACAGACAUUUCACAGGUAUUGUAGUUGGCAUAUUCUAAAUAAAUUCUCUGAAAAAAUAGACCCAGGAAAAUAUACUCGUUAUUAUGAUGAAUUUCAAUAUUGCAUAUGGAAUUCAGAAAAUAGAGAUGAGUUUGAUGCAAGGUGGACAUCAAUUGUUGUGAGUAGUGGUUUAAGUGAUAAUGGAUGGUUAAAGACUAUGUAUGAUAUUCGGUCAACAUGGGUGCCUGCAUAUGUAAAUCAUAUCUUUUCAGCUGGGAUGUCAAGUAGUCAUGGGUUUUAA